AUGAGUACAUCCAUUGAAAGCAAAAAGCGUAAGCUUACAAAAAAAUCUGAUGAUACUAUUCAAAAAAAAAAGAAAGUUCAUUUUUCAUUUAAUAAUAAUAAUGAAAAUGAAACUCCUAAAAAGUUGGAUUUCGAUGCAUUAUCCUCGUCUCUUAAAUCUCGUGCCACGGAAAAAUUAGCACAAGUUGCUGCUGCUAAACGUCAAGUACGAGUUAAACCUGAUCCAACAAUGUUAUCAAAUGUUAAACAAAUUAAAAAACAAUUAAAAACAAAACAAAAACAAAUGGAAAACAAGAAAAAGAAAAAACAUAUUAAUAUUGUUCAGGAUAAAGAAAAUACAACAUUUCGACAACGUUUAAAAGAACGACAAAAAUUACGACGUGGUGUUCUUUAUGAUAUGGCUGAUAAAUCGAAAAAAAUUUGGGAAAUUUUACGUCGUGAUGAAACAACAAAUGAAGUACGAGUUAAAUUAUGUGCAGAAUUAAUGAAAUUAAUUGAAGGAAAUGUGAAAUUUUUAUCUAUGGCACAUGAUACAACACGUGUAAUCGAAUGUCUUGUUCAAUUUGGUAAUGAACAACAAAAACAUUAUAUUUUCGAACAAAUUCAAAAGGAUAUAGCAACAAUGUCAAAAUCACUUUAUGCUCAUCAUGUUAUUAUGAAAUUUUUAACUUAUGGAACGGACAAUCAAAAAGAUUUAAUAAAAAAAAGUCUUUAUGGUCAUGUCUGCAAAUUAGCCAGACAUUCAAUUGGUUGUCGUGUAUUGGAAUAUUGUUAUAAUGAUGUUUGUAAUUCAGCAGAACGUUUUCAACUUGUUCAAGAAUUUUAUGGUCGAGAAUAUGCCGUUCUUAAAACAACCAAUCUAUAUUAUUAA